AUGCGCGAAAAAAAGUUCGGAUCUCGGACCCUCACCCGCGUGUCUCUCUCCACACUUGAUCCCUCUCCACCACUCUUCUCUCUGCACCACUUCUCACUCGACACCGUCACUUUGACCUUUGUGCAGCACAUUGAGCUCAGGAUGGACCUGCUAACCCAGCUCGAUGGCGACAUCGACCUGCUGCUCAAGAUCAUGUCGUCCUCGGUCGCUUUCAUCUCCCGCAAGGCCUCGCACACUCCGCUCCCCUCCUCCACCAUCCCGCUCUCGGUCCUCGGCAAGACGGAAGCCAUCACUCCCGCCGAGAUGGACGAAGCGAUCGCCGAGCUCGUCUCGGACCUGAUCGAAAAAGCCGACUCGAUCCGCAGCAUCAUUCGCCACCUCCCCACUGCGCAGGAUUUGGCCACGGAUACGCAGCUCCAAACGCAGCUCGACCAGAUCCAAUCCGAAAUGGCACACGCGAACCACGAGUACCAAGAGGCAGUACACAUGGCCAAGGAGUUGAAACAAGAGGUGGAAGGGUUGCUGGAGGUGGUGGCGGAUACGCAUAGCGCUUCAAGAGCUUGGCUCGUGCACGAAUUGGAACACACACACACUGUAUAA